UCCGAGACAGGAGGUGAAGGAGAAAAACAAGUUUACACACAGGGCAUGACGAAAGGGAGGCAGUGAACAGGAAAAUCCUAUCCCGGCGUGGAGAGAAAAAAAACACCGCCUGCACUACCGCCAUUUCAGACCGUUAAAUUUCUCUCGAAGGGAAGGGCAGGAAAUAAAAAGAAAAUUUGGGGAAUUCUUAACUUGAUUAUUUCGAGAUUUCUAACUUUUCGGGAGACUGGAAUUGAGGAGUAAGCUCUUCAGAUAUUUCAAGGUUCCUCCUAAACUGAAUUCGCAAUAUAUCUCUCAGUGGGAGAAAGCAUCUUAAGGUGUAUUACUUUCUAGAUACAGGAUAGAAGAAUUAUUCACAAAAUAAAAGAGACAACCAUGGAGAAAAUUUUACUAUUAAUCCUAUUGAUUGCUUUGGGAUCUCAAAAUAAAGCAGGUGCUGCUCCAACUAAAGAAUGUAAAGUUGAACCAGUUAGACCAAAUCAUCCUGUCUCGCAAGUGAUAAAGUACUGCAUGUGCCGUGGCCACUCCACAUCUAAUGAAAGCAUAUAUAUCCUUGACUCGAUCAUUCCUCCUGGGAAGGUACUUCAGAUUAUGUUGAAUGUGCAACCCAUUAAUGUCAACAAGACAAUGGUCCUUAUUCUUUACAGCAAUCAUUAUUUAUUUUGGAAUUUGAGUUCUAUCAAUACGCCAUUGAUAGUUCAUAGUUCUGAACGUUCCUUUGUAUCCCCAUCAAAUAAAGCAAUUAAGUAUUCAACUGAAUUGAAGCUAUUUAAUGGAACUUGCACCUCAUUCACUACUUUAGCUGAGUCUGAAAAUGCAAAAAUGAACAUCAUCAAUUUGAAAGAAGAUGAAAUGCAUCUGCCUAAAUGUGAAAAACAGGAUCAUUCUAAUGCUGAUUAUUAUCGAAAUUAUGAAUUCCUCUAUCAAGAUUUGAAGGGUUGUGUGACAUCUGAUCAACCUGCUGCUUCUCAGCUCCACAUCAUCAAUCUAAUAGCAACAUCAAGUAUGAACAGAACAAAGAAGUUCAUUAACAUGCAAGUAAGAUUUACUCAUGGAAAUGAUUGCCAUAAAUGCAAAAUCUUGCUGGUUAUACAGAGCAAACAACCAAUGACCUUGAGUAUCAUCGGAGAAGUUCCUUCAUUAAACCUUACGGUAUCUCAUAAAACCAAUAUAACAUGGCCAGGACCAAUCAAGGUUGAUCCUAAACUCCCAGAAACAUCUGUAGAGCUAUUGAAAUGGGCCUCAAACCAUGAGCUUCCUACUGCAUCUUUGACAGAGAUUCCAUUGGUAGAUAAGAUUGAAAUUAAAAUUAAUAUUAAAGUUAAUGGCAACCAUAUUUCUACAAGGCAAACAGAGUCUACAAGUAAUAUUAUUAAGUCCAUUCACUGUGGAGAACUGGGGAUGGAAAUCACUGUUGUUAAAUCUAAGAAGGAUUUAAUAGAGGAAAUCACAUUAUUGGAUGAGAAUUGUAAAGGAAACAUUAAUGAAACACAUUUCUAUUUAGAACAUCCCUACACUGAAUGUAAAACUACAGAAAGUAUGGAUGGUCAUAACUAUAUUAACAAGCUAAACAUAAAGUUAUCGAAUGGAGAGAAAAUAAAUUAUGAUAUAACGUGUCCACGUGUACAAACAAUUUGUGAUAUCCUUAAGCUGAACAGUACUAAUGAAGGAAGAUAUAUUAGAAUUCACGAGCUUCCUAACUUUGAAAAGCCAUCUUCAAAGCUUUACAACUACACAACUGUCUAUGGAGAGGUUUUAGCUGUUUCGCAGAACUCAAAAACGUUCAAAGAAAUAAAAUCUAAUUGCUCCCUCAUCCUGAAGGAUUCCAAUUCCAUAAAUAAACUGCCCCAUGACAUGCCAUUGAGCCUUACUAAUCUAAAGUCACAUCAAGCUCUGUGUGAUCAGUCUGAAAUAUGGUCCAACCGUUUUAAGUUCAUAUUUCAUAACUUCUGGAGCCCAGAUGUUGAGGAUGUUGUCAUGGAAUGCAAUACAAGCUAUUGCACUGAAUGUAACAAAUGCUACUUCGUGGGAAAGGUAUCUAAAGCUUUGAAAAUAGAUAACAGUAGUCCUAAAUGUGUUGAUUGUCCCAAAUCCCAGGACCCCACAAAUGUCAGUCCAGGGGUGCAGAGCCUGGAGAUGUCAGCCAUAUUAGGAAUUGUAUUUGGUGCCUUUAUCAUUGGAGCAUUGCUAAUUGCAGCCCUGUGGUUUUUAUAUUCACACAUUGGUUCUUCUGAGAAGAAACAGGUUAUUCCUACCAAUCCACCUGCAUCUGAGAAUAGCAGCACCAACCACAGUAUUGGGAGCACCCAAAGUACCCCAUGUUCCACUAGCAGUGUUGCAUAGCCAUCAUCAAGAGGACUUCCAACACUGGUUAAAAUGUACUGCUACAUGCCAACCAUUAUUUCAUCAAAAUUCCCAAGUAACUUUGGUGAAUGUAGCAGCUAUUACAAUUUACUUUUAAGAAAGUACUGUUGUUAGUAUUACAUUGCAUCAACUUGGAUUGGAGUGCUACCUAUUAAUGGUUGUCUGUGUUGCCUAGAGAAUAACAAUUUCAGAUGAUGACUACAAUGCGCUAAUUAUUAAGAAUUGAUUCGGAUGAUGUUUUAAACCAUGAGGGUAGAUGAUUAAAUUCAAUUCCCUGAACUUAAGACUAGAUUAAGACAUACAAAUUCAAGUAGUUGUUAUGUUCAUUUAAAGAAAUAUUUCAAA